AAACAAACACAUAUUAAUUACUGUAUUCUUUGCUCAAUAAGACACACCAAUGUUUUAGAGGAGGAAAACAAGAAAAAAAAUAUUGUGAACCAAUGCACUGCAGACAUAGUACAGGAAAUGACCAGAGACUAUGGACAUACUUUGGAAGAUGACCAGAGACUGCGGACACAGUACAGGAGAUGACCAGAGACUGCGGACACAGUACAGGAGAUGACCAGAGACUGCGGACACAGUACAGGAGAUGACCAGAGACUGCAGACACAGUACAGGAGAUGACCAGAGACUGCGG